CGACGCUUUCCCGGCCCGGCGGCGCUGGUAGCGGUUCCCAGAGCAGCUGCAGCGGUUGCUUUGGCCGCGGCCGCAGCUGCAGCCGCCACGCGUAGCGAGCGAACGGAGGGAAGGCGGGGGCCCCUCCGGCGCGGGAACUGCGGAGCCCGCGUUCCCGCCCACUUCGCCUGCGGGCUAGCGCCCUCGGGCUGGGCUCCCGCCCCCGCCGCCGCCAGCUCCAGUGGCCAAGGGAAGUUGGGGGCCGCCCGAACGCUCGCAGGGCCCGGCAGGACCCGGCCCCCUGCGUCCCGCCUCUCCGGGGGCCCAGCACUGGAUUUCCAGAUUUACAGUAUGGCUGAACAUUAAUGGAAGGAGAAGUGUAAACUCAUCUUCUCUCACUAUGGAGGCAGGUUUGGGAGACGGAGAACCUGACCGAACUUCGCUUCUUGGUGAUAGCAAAGAUGUCCUUGGGCCAUCAACUGUGGUAGCAAACAGUGACGAAUCGCAACUUCUGACACCAGCAAAGAUGAGUCAGCGCCAAGGGAAAGAAGCCUACCCCACGCCAACCAGAGAUUUGUAUCAGCCACCUUUCAGUCCGGCAAGUCCCCAUAACCAGGGUUUUGAAAGAGGAAAAGAAGACAUUUCUCAAAAUAAAGAUGAAUCUUCAAUUUCUAUGUCAAAGAGCAAGUCUGAAUCAAAACUUUAUAAUGGCUCAGAGAAGGAUAAUUCAGCUUCAAGCAAGCUCACAAAAAAAGAGUCUCUUAAGGUGCAAAAGAAAAAUUACCGAGAAGAAAAGAAAAGAGCCACAAAGGAGUUACUCAGUACAAUCACAGAUCCUUCUGUUAUAGUUAUGGCCGAUUGGUUGAAGAUUCGUGGUACUCUAAAGAGCUGGACAAAGCUGUGGUGUGUGUUGAAACCAGGGGUGCUACUCAUCUAUAAAACCCAAAAAAAUGGUCAGUGGGUAGGAACAGUCCUUCUGAAUGCCUGUGAGAUCAUUGAGCGUCCUUCAAAAAAGGAUGGCUUUUGUUUCAAACUUUUUCAUCCUUUGGAGCAGUCUAUUUGGGCAGUGAAGGGUCCAAAAGGCGAGGCAGUUGGGUCCAUAACGCAGCCCCUACCUAGCAGUUACUUGAUCAUCCGAGCUACUACCGAGUCAGAUGGCAGGUGCUGGAUGGAUGCUUUGGAGCUGGCUCUGAAAUGCUCUAGCCUGCUCAAACGUGCCGUGAUCAGGGAAGGAAAGGAGCAUGACCUGAGCACGUCCUCAGAGAGCACACAUGUGACUUUGUACGGCUUAUUACGUGCUAACAAUCUCCACAGUGGUGACCACUUCCAGUUAAAUGAUAGUGAAAUUGAAAGACAGCAUUUUAAGGACCAAGAUAUGUAUUCUGAUAAAUCCGAUAAAGAAAAUGAUCAAGAGCAUGAUGAGUCUGACAAUGAGGUAAUGGGGAAAAGCGAAGAAAGUGACACAGACACAUCAGAAAGGCAAGAUGAUUCUUACAUUGAACCUGAGCCCGUUGAGCCUCUAAAGGAGACCACCUACUCGGAACAGAGCCAUGAAGAACUCGGAGAGGCAGGUGAGGCUUCUCAAACAGAAACUGUGUCUGAAGAAAACAAAAGCCUUAUCUGGACGCUGCUGAAACAGGUCCGUCCUGGCAUGGACCUGUCCAGAGUGGUUCUGCCUACAUUUAUUUUGGAACCUCGUUCCUUCCUGGAUAAACUUUCAGAUUAUUACUAUCAUGCAGAUUUCCUAUCAGAGGCUUCUCUUGAAGAAAAUCCUUAUUUCCGUUUGAGGAAAGUAGUGAAAUGGUAUUUGUCAGGAUUCUAUAAAAAGCCAAAGGGACUGAAGAAACCUUACAAUCCUAUACUUGGGGAGACUUUCCGUUGUUUGUGGAUUCAUCCCAGAACAAACAGCAAAACAUUUUAUAUUGCUGAACAGGUGUCCCAUCAUCCACCAAUAUCUGCCUUUUAUGUAAGUAAUCGAAAGGAUGGAUUUUGCCUUAGUGGCAGUAUCCUGGCUAAGUCCAAGUUCUAUGGAAAUUCAUUAUCUGCAAUAUUAGAAGGAGAAGCACGGUUAACUUUUUUGAAUAGAGGUGAAGAUUAUGUAAUGACAAUGCCAUAUGCUCAUUGUAAAGGAAUUCUUUAUGGUACAAUGACACUGGAGCUUGGUGGAACAGUCAAUAUUACAUGUCAAAAAACUGGAUAUAGUGCAAUACUUGAAUUCAAACUGAAGCCAUUUCUAGGUAGUAGUGACUGUGUUAAUCAAAUAUCAGGGAAACUUAAAUUGGGAAAAGAAGUCCUAGCUACUUUGGAAGGCCAUUGGGAUAGUGAAGUUUUUAUUAAUGACAAAAAGACUGAUAAUUCAGAGGUUUUCUGGAAUCCAACACCAGACAUUAAGCAAUGGAGAUUAAUAAGACACACUGUGAAAUUUGAAGAACAGGGAGAUUUUGAAUCAGAGAAACUCUGGCAGCGGGUCACUAGAGCGAUAAAUGCCAAAGACCAAACGGAAGCCACUCAAGAGAAGUAUGUUUUAGAAGAAGCUCAAAGACAAGCUGCCAGACAUCGGAAAACAAAAAAUGAAGAGUGGAUGUGCAAGUUAUUUGAGCUUGAUCCACUCACAGGAGAAUGGCACUACAGGUUUGCAGAUACUCGACCAUGGGACCCACUUAAUGAUAUGAUACAGUUCGAAAAAGAUGGUGUCAUCCAGACCAAAGUGAAGCACCGCACUCCCAUGGUUAGUGUCCCAAAAAUGAAACAUAAGCCAACCAGGCAACAGAAGAAGGUGGCAAAGGGCUAUUCCUCCCCAGAACCUGAUAUUCAGGACUCAUCUGGAAGUGAAGCUCAGUCACUAAAGCCAAGUACAAGAAGAAAGAAAGGGAUAGAACUGGGAGACAUUCAGAAUUCCAUCGAGUCUAUAAAACAAACCCAGGAAGAAAUUAAAAGAAAUAUUAUGGCUCUUCGAAAUCAUUUACUUUCAAGCACACCUGCCACGGAUUAUUUUCUGCAACAAAAAGACUACUUCAUCAUUUUCCUCCUGAUUUUGCUUCAAGUCAUAAUAAACUUCAUGUUUAAGUAAAAGUUCUUUACAAUUGAAUCAGUGAACUGGAAUAAUUGGAUUUGGCCUGGAACCAAUAUUCAAGUUGGUUUGGUCUCCGUUAAAAUAUCACAAUAUUUCUAAAACUACCUUCAAGAUAAAUGUAGAGGUGUUGACCUUUCAUACUGUUCAUCCUUAACCUGAAACAAGAGCUACUCUGUUUGGUUAUUAAAGUGAGCUAUGUGUUAAGUGCCAGAACAUAUCUAGCUUUUGUGAUAAUGUGUCUACAUGUGAAUAUAAUCCACAUGUAGACACAGUUGUGUCUUAGGUGUACCUGACAGUAGUCACUGUAUUCUAUAGUAUGUUCUGAGAUUUAACAUUAACUUUGUUGAUAACAAAAAUGCUAUCAAUCUUAUAAAUAUGUUAUCUGUUUUCUUCAUUAAACAGGCAUAAAACUUUUAUCAAUAAGGAAUGAUAGAAUGGGAAAUGAUGGGAUAACAGAUAUUAUAAAUAGUUCAAUAUUCUGUAGUUAAAAAAAUCAUUUCCAAAGCACCUAGCUUAAUUGUCUCCUUAGAAACAGCAAGAAAAAAGUGUGGUCAAAAUUAACAUAUUGAGAGAGACAUGGUGGCAAAUUGCUUUUUAAAAAAUUCACACAAGAUAUUUUUAACCCCUAGAAUUUAAUAUUAAUAGAUACAGAUAUAAAUGUGCAUAUGGGUAUAUCAACAUAAAAAACUGGUAUGCAACUACUUGGAUCUAUUGAUUGUCUUUCAUAUCAUACCUAUAUAAUAACACCUUCAGCACUUGCUGGAAAAACGUGUGGUCAAAAUUGAUUGCUGUCCUAUCUUCUUUUUUUUUUUAAUACAAUUGGUCCAAUAAUAUAGGUCAAAUUCUAGAAUGUCUAUAGGACAUAUGGAAUGCUGAUAAUACAUGUUUUUUCGUUAUGAAAAACUUAUUUUAGCACUUAUUUAGACCCUAGUGUGUUCAGUAAAUAAAGUAGAAUAGAAAAAAUUACAACCAAUAUUUUACUUCAGAAGCCAAACACGAGAUAAACGAUAAGAAAAGACACUUAGUGUGGUGCAUUUCUGUUAAAAUUUCUUCAAAAUGUGCAAUAAGUUGAGCUUGUAAGAAGAGCAUCAAGUUCUGAAGUUCCUUUGUCAUCCUUCUUGGUUCUUGGCAGCUUCAUCCUGUGGCAAAACUACAGUUCUUCAAGGUUCCCUUCUGCUCAGGCCGAGACAAGCUUUUCGUGAAUUUUCUCAGUUUGAUGUUUUUACUUUGUGUUUUUACAUAAAUAUUUAUAAUUCUCAAAAGCAAUUUUUGCAAAUGUAGUUAGGCUUAGAACAUGUCCCAAGGUGUAUCUUAGAGUCCUGAAAAUACAGGUUUUAAAAUGUCAUUGAUGAAAAGAAGGUCAGAGAGAAUAAUUGCUGUGGCUACAUUUGCCUUUGGCUGAGAGACUGCGAGACCCUAGCAAAAUUACAGUUAGCUGUCUAUGCCAUGAUAAAUACAAAAUCAAGGAGUGACCGCUAAAUUAUGAAAAUUGAAAAUGACAAAAAGAGCCUCUUCUUUUCAUCCCAGUAUAGCCAUCUUAAGUAUCCUUGAGUUUUAUGAAGAACUAUUUAUUUCCUAUGUAUUUUUCACAGAAUAAUGCUGUAUUCCAAAUGUACAUGUGAAAGCAUGUUUUGAGUUGAUGAAAAUGUAAAUACGAUGUGUGUGUACCUAGUGGAAGGACAGGUAUAAUAUGACUGCACGAGAACAGGUGGGGCUUUCUUGUUAUCUCAUACUUGUCAAUAUGAUCUUGUGCUUUCUUACCAAUGUUAUGUUCACCUGCCUAUGAAUUGACAUAUUUUGUAAAUAUUGUACAAUUUGGUUCUUUUUAAAGGUUUUAAAUUCAUAUUAAUUUAUAUUAUAUAUAAAUUGAUUGGUUGAUAGCAAAAAUCACUUCAUCAUUAGCCCAGAAAACCUAAAAUAUUUUUGUUGGUAACCCUCCUAUGGGGUUUUAGUCUUAUUCACUUGUGUUAUUUUCUUUUUAGGGCAGAUGUUAUGGGUUCCUGUUACCCAAGGAAUCAGUAACUAUCCCGUGAGAAAGAGCAGGGCUGCUCAUGACUGUUUCUUAUACACUAAAAGCAUGUAUCUUAUGUAAUAGUCCCUUAGGCUUUUAGUUGUAUGAGUUCCUUUCUGUGAACUGAACACAAAACUCAGGAAUUGGUGGCUUAGUUGUAGAUCAGUGCUUUUACUAGGCUUAGUGUGUGAAUUAAAACACAUAACUAACUUUGUGUGUAGCCAUAUAUGUAAUUGACUUUGUUCUCUACCUGAGAUUAAUCUUCCUUCAUAUGUGGAUUCAUAAAAUUGUGAUUUUCAGUUCCCAGUUGUCUGAGAGCCUUUUGAUGGUUUCUAGGAUAUUUAAGACCUUAUGACAAGUUUUUUUCAUUUGAUCAGAAACUGUUUUUUCAUAUGAGAUGUUAGAUGAGUCACUUUAUCGACAUGUGCAUUUCUGUCUUAGUUGUUAAAUGUAUUAUGCCUUCAGUUAUCCACCAUUUAGUGAGAUGUAGCUGGCCCAGGAAAAGACAGUAAACAGGACAUGCAAAGUAAGUUUCAGCAAUAGAUGUUUUACUUAUACUUCAUCUCAGUACUUUUUUGUAUCACUUAUAAAGGUACAGUGUAAUCUUUGUCACCAUUCUGUUGUAAAAUGCAGCCCUCAUUUAGUAUUCAUGCUUCUGUGCCUUUAAGAAUAUACUUUUGUCAUGUUUGUGUUACAGACUAUAAUGUGAUUCAGAGUGUUUAUAGGUUUAAUUGUCAUAAAAGGGUCAUUUCUCUGUGUCACUUUAUUUCCUUUUAUAUAGCCACAGUAUAUUUAAAAAGUAGUGAUGUACUUUUAUAAGGGUUUGUCUGUUUAUCUAUUUCAAAUAUAUUCUUCACUUUCAGACACCAUUGACGUAGACUUGUCAGAUUAUUCUCAGUAUUGUAAACAGUGCCUUUUUGAUGGAAUUCACACUGUUUUGGGUGUCAAUUUACGCCAUGUACACAAAAAAAUCUGUGGAAGGCAGUUUUAACCUUUUGAAGAAUAUCUUAAAUAUUUAAGAAAACAAAUGUAUAAGAUUCCAUUAUUUCCAGUUUUAGCAUUUCUAGUGAGCAAUGAAUAUAUUUUGGGUUUUUUUGUUUGACAUACAGUGAUAUGGCAUCAUUGAUGAGGCUAUACAUGAUGCUGCAGGUUAUUUGAAUUAUGUUAAAUGUAUAGAAAUAAAAUAUUAAAAUUCACAUCCAUACCAAAUUUUCCAAUUUGAACCAGUUAGGGGAACCCCACCCAAAUCACUACAUUUACAUUUCAACUUCUAUUUUAUUUGCAUGGAAAAAAAGAUUCUUUAAACUGCAUAACCUGCCAUUAUUACAUAAUUUGUUUCAUUUUGUUUACCUACAGUGUGAAUUUAGUGUACUUAAUUUACCUUUUAUUACUCUUAACAUAUUGUUGGUUAGGUUUUAAUUGAAGAUGGACUGUUAAAAUUGUAUAGGACCAGUGUCUCCCUAAUAUGAUUAACAUAUUUAGAAGAGCCACAAGAAACCCAUGACAAAAUGAAUGUGAAUAUACUUCCUGAAAUAUCUAGAAAAUUUUGUGUUUUUGCAUUUAUCAUGUAAAAUUAUUUUACUAUUACAAUAUUGACAUUUAUUUAAAGAAAAUGCCAGGGAACGUUUGAACUGAUGAGCCACAGAACUUAAGUUGAAAUUUUUUCUCACUUUUUAGCCUAAAUAUACAUCUGAGUUAAAUAUCCUUUUAAUGGCCAUUUAUAAAUUCAAACACUACCACUGGUCAGUUUUGUAUAAUAGAAUAAAAGUAUGUUAUCUGCAGUGUAAGUAUAGAGCACUGUCAAAAUCUUUUCCUUAAGGUACAUAGUAGAUGUACAGAUAGUCAUAGGCGACUGUUUUGUAAUAUGUUACAUUUCUAACCUAUUAUUCCUAACAUAAAUGUUUGCAGAGACAAAAAAAAUUGAGUUUUUCUAACAGUCUGUAAAAUUCUGCUAACUUCUACAAGUAGGCUUUCUAAAUAAAAUUUUUUAAAAAGAAGCAAA